AUGUUCAAAGGGUUGAGAAAGAAAGCUUCAAUUCUUUCACUUUAUACAACUACUUCAAAUCAAAGUAUAGAUUCAACAAAUGAACCAAAUUCAGAUCAAUCAAAUUAUGAAAAAGUUAUAAGACAAGUACAUGAUUUUGAAAUUGCUUUAAAGGCUAUGGAUUAUCUUUUAGAUGAUAGAACAGAUCAAGGAACUAAAUUAUUAGAAGAAGAAUCUAAAACUAUAUCAAUUGAUGGACAACCAAGAGCAGUUUUCCCAUUAGCCUUGGGUGUUAUGGAAUUUAUUGAAGCAACUUUAGGAUUUGAACCUGAAGUAAUGGCUAAAGCUCAUAAGACAUUAUCAGAAGCUGAAAAUAUAUCAAUUAAUAAUGCAAAAUAUAAUGUACGAUAUCAAUUAGCAACUUCAAAUAUUUAUCCUCCAGGUACUGAAUUUCAAGUUACUCAAGCUGAAUCUACAUUAUUAAAUGCUUUAUUAAUGUUAUUAACUGAAAAUAAUGGUAUGGUGGAAAGUGCUAAAGCAUUAUUUAAAUUAAGAAAAGCUUAUCAAAUUUUAGAUGCAGUUUAUAAAAAGAUUAAAGAACUGGAACCUAUUUUCAAUAAAAAUUUAGCAAAAUUAAGGAAAAAAGCAGCAGCUACAACAAAUGGAUCUUCUUUGAAACAAGGAUUGACUAUGAAUAAUAAUUCAAUAAGUACAGUUGAUUUACCAGGUUAUGAUUCUCAAACUAGUUCAACAACUUCAUUACCACAAGAUUUAAAAUUAAUGAAAAAUUUAGAAAAAAUAUUUCUUAUGAGAAAAGCAAGAAUUGAAGGUACAAAUUUGGGAAACAACACCACCAAAAAGAAUAUAAAUUUAUUUGAAGAUCUGAAUAGUUCAAUUACUUUAAUAAAACAAAGUAAUAAUAAUAGUCCACAAAAUCACACCCCAAAAAUAUUUAUUAAUGAAAAUUCAAAUUCAGAUGAUGAAGAAUUUGUAGAUGCUUUGGAAAAUUUAACAACUACAACUGAUUUAAGUAAUAAUGAUUUAUCCCAACCAACAAUUGAUUCAAGUGCUCAAUCUAUAUUAUCAUCAGUUGAAACUUCAGAAUCAUCACCUGUGUCUGAUUCUCACUUACAUGUUUCAACAACUGAUGAAUUCAUUCAUUCUGGUGUUCAAUUAUGUUUUGGGAUUUUACAAGUUGUGUUAUCUUUAAUUCCACCAGCUAUUGGGAAAGUAUUAUCAAUUGUUGGAUUUAAAGGUGAUAGAGAUAUUGGAUUAAAAUUAUUAUGGACAACUGCCAUAACAUCAAGAAAUGUUCAUGGAGAAUUAGCAUUAUUAUUUUUAUUAAUGUUUUAUGAUGGACCUAUACAAUUUGUUGAUACUGGAUUUAAAUUACCAAAUACAACUUCAAAUAAUAAUAUACUAUCUUUAGAAAAUAAAACUACUGUUUCUGAUAGUGAAUUACAAAAAAUUAUGGAUGAUCCACCUAAUUAUACUGGUCAAUUAUUAAAAAGAGCUCGUCAUCAUUUCCCACAUAAUGCAUUAUGGAUACUACAAGAAGGUAGAAUGUUAGCUGCUCAUGGUGAUUUAAUCAAAGCAAGUACAAUAAUGCAAAAUUUUACUGAUGAUAAAAAUAAUAAGAUUCAAAUGCAACAAAUUGAAGCUUUAUUAGUAUUUGAUAGAGCUAUGAUUUAUAUGUAUAUGCAUGAAUAUGAUAAAGCAGCAAGAGAUUUAAUAUAUUUAAUUGAAAUUAAUUCAUGGUCAAAAGCUGUAUAUUUAUUUAUGGCAGCUGCAUGUUAUCUUGAAAAAUAUAGAAUGAUUAAAAUGGGAUUAGUCAAAGUUGAUAAUAUUGAAGAAGAAAGUAAAAAAUAUUCUGAAUUAUUUUCAAAAUAUAUGAAAUUGUCAUUAAGUUAUGUACCUGGUCAUGGAUCAAAUGCUCAAAAAAAAGGAGGGCUUGGAGGAUCUGGAAAACAAAUGCCAUUUGAUAAAUUUUUGUUGAGGAAGUGUAAACAUAUUGAAAAUCGUAAAAAACAAUAUCCAAAUUUAUCAUAUGCUGAUUUAGUUGGUACUUCAUUAGUUCAUGAAUUAAUAUAUUUUUGGAAUGGAUAUAAUAGAAUGACACAAGAUAAUUUUAAAAUUGCUUUAAAAUUAUUAGGAUAUUCAGGAGCUGCCAAUACUGAAUUAUCAGCAAAUACUACAAAUCAUUCCUACGCUAAAAUUGAAGAAACAGAAGAUGAAGCAAUGAUUAGAUAUUUUUUACAAUCUAUAAUAUUAAGACAAUUAGGUCAAGUAAAAGAAGGUUUAAAAAUAUUAGAUCAGCACGUAAUUUCAAAAUAUGUAAUAUCAGAUCAACCACAAUUUAGAUUUCAUAAAUUAUCAUAUAGUCCAUAUAUUUAUCCAACUGCAUUUUAUGAAAAAACAAUGUUUAUUUGGUUGCUAAAAACAAGAUUAUCUGAAAAUGUUGAUAUAAAAUCUGCAGCAAAUGAAAGUAAAAAUUGGUUAAAAAAAGCAGAAAUUGUUGGUGAAGGUGAUUAUGAAUUAAGUAAUAGAACUAGUAUGCGUAUAAAAGCAGCUGGUGAUAGAUUAGAUUUAUAUAGUUAA